AUGUCUUUAUUCACUUUCCUCUGUCCCUCUUCACUUCUCUCUGCCCAUCUUCACUUACCUCUGUUCCUCUUCACUUCCCUCUGUCCUUCUUCACUUCCCCGUACCUCUUCUCUUCCCUCUGUCCCUCUUCACUUCUCUCUGUCCCUCUUCAGUUCCCUCUGUCCCUAUUCACUUCCCUCUGUCCCUCUUCACUUCCCACUGUCCCUCUUCACUUACCUCUGUCCCUCUUCACUUCUCUCUGUCCCUCUUCACUUCCCACUGUCCCUCUUCACUUCCCACUGUCCCUCUUCACUUUCCUCUGUCCCUCUUCACUUCCCCUCAGUCCUUCUUCACUUCCCAGUCCCUCUUCACUUCCCACUGUCCCUCUUCACUUCCCUCUGUCCCUCUUCACUUUCCUCUGUCCCUCUUCACUUCUCUCUGCCCAUCUUCACUUACCUCUGUUCCUCUUCACUUCCCACUGUCCCUCUUCACUUUCCUCUGUCCCUCUUCACUUCUCUCUGCCCAUCUUCACUUACCUCUGUUCCUCUUAACUUCCCUCUGUCCCUCUUCACUUCUCUCUGUCCCUCUUCACUUCCCACUGUCCCUCUUCACUUCCCUCUGUCCCUCUUCACUUCCCACUGUCCCUCUUCACAUUCCUCUGUCACUCUUCACUUCUCUCUGUCCCUCUUCACUUUCCACUGUCCCUCUUCACUUUCCUCUGUCCCUCUUCACUUCUCUCUGCCCAUCUUCACUUUCCUCUGUCCCUCUUCACUCUCUGUCCCUCUUCACUUCCCCACUGUCCCUCUUCACUUUCCUCUGUCCCUCUUCACUUCUCUCUCCCCAUCUUCACUUACCUCUGUUCCUCUUAACUUUCCUCUGUCCCUCUUCACUUCCCUCUGUCCCUCUUCACUUCCCAGUCCCUCUUCACUUCCCACUGUCCCUCUUCACUUCCCACUGUCCCUUUCACUUUCCUCUGUCCCUCUUCACUUCUCUCUGCCCAUCUUCACUUACCUCUGUUCCUCUUAA